AUGCUGGGUGCUCGCGGCAGCGCCGGGAAAACAUGUGACAGCGUAAUGCUGGGUGCUCGCGGCAGCGCCGGGAAAACAUGUGACAGCGUAAUGCUGGGUGCUCGCGGCAGCGCUGGGAAAAGAGAAUCGGAGGCUGACUCCUCAGUGUUAGAAGCCGGCAGGCCUGGCGGCUGGGGACGUGCUGCGCUGUGCGUGUACCGGGCUGAGGACCCGCCAGGUUGGACGUCCCUGCCGUGGGUGGUGUCCUCAGGGGCCGUGGUUCUCUGCAGCAGCCCUGAGCAGUCUGCAGCCGGGAAACCUCUGGUCGAGUGGGUCCGGGGGGAGCCCUGGUGGCCAAGUCUGCUGUGUGGCCGCAGCAGAAUCCUGAGCCUGGGUGAGGGUGAAGAGCAGAAGUUUCCUCCCCGCAUUUCUGGAGGCUGGAGGUACAAGGUCAAGGCGCCGGCGUCCCCGGGGCCUCCUGGCUGUGUUCUGCAGGCUGGAGGGCAUUGGAGGCUGCAGGAAGCCUCUUGUGUGACUUGCCUUGAUCCCCUUCACUGGGAGGAAACCUGGAGCCAAGUCACCUUCCAGCACUAUCACAUCAGCAAUGCCUGGGUCUUGGAGGGGACAUAUUCGAACCUCAGCAGCCAGGUACAAGCAGGAGCAGGGGGGCCCUGACGGGGCAGGACGGUGACGCCUCCUCUCCACGCCUCCACAGCGGAAGAUCGUGCCUCCUGGUGGGGAUGAUUAUUGAUUAAAGCGUCUGAAUUCAAUCAGAAA